CCGCCACCAUGUCCCUGCACGGCAAACGGAAGGAGAUCUACAAGUACGAAGCGCCCUGGACCGUCUACGCCAUGAACUGGAGCGUGCGGCCGGACAAGCGCUUUCGCCUGGCGCUGGGCAGCUUCGUGGAGGAAUACAACAACAAGGUCCAGCUCGUUGGUCUAGACGAGGAGAGCUCCGAGUUUAUUUGCCGGAAUACCUUUGACCACCCCUACCCCACCACAAAGCUGAUGUGGAUCCCUGACACCAAAGGCGUCUACCCCGACCUGCUGGCGACCAGCGGCGACUAUCUCCGGGUGUGGCGGGUUGGUGAAACUGAGACCAGGCUGGAGUGUUUGCUAAACAACAACAAGAACUCAGACUUCUGUGCCCCUCUGACCUCCUUCGACUGGAACGAGGUGGACCCCUACCUUUUAGGUACCUCAAGCAUUGAUACAACUUGUACCAUCUGGGGGCUGGAGACCGGGCAAGUGCUGGGGCGAGUGAACCUUGUGUCUGGCCACGUGAAGACGCAGCUGAUCGCUCACGACAAAGAGGUCUACGAUAUCGCAUUUAGCCGGGCCGGAGGCGGCAGGGACAUGUUUGCCUCAGUGGGCGCUGAUGGCUCCGUAAGGAUGUUUGACCUCCGCCACCUGGAGCACAGCACCAUCAUCUAUGAAGACCCACAGCAUCACCCGCUGCUCCGUCUCUGCUGGAACAAGCAGGACCCCAACUACCUGGCCACCAUGGCCAUGGAUGGGAUGGAGGUGGUAAUCCUGGAUGUCCGAGUUCCCUGCACCCCGGUCGCCAGGUUAAACAACCACCGAGCAUGUGUUAAUGGCAUCGCAUGGGCCCCACAUUCAUCCUGCCACAUCUGUACUGCAGCGGAUGACCAUCAGGCUCUCAUCUGGGACAUCCAGCAAAUGCCCCGGGCCAUCGAGGACCCCAUCCUGGCCUACACAGCCGAGGGCGAGAUCAACAACGUGCAGUGGGCGUCCACGCAGCCCGACUGGAUCGCCAUCUGCUACAACAACUGCCUGGAGAUCCUCAGGGUGUAGGCCUCCCGCCGCCGCCACCGUUGCCCCACCCCCACAGUAAGAAGACACCCGUUCCCAGUGGCCAGUAUGUCUUUCGUUGCUUUGCACCCACUGUUACCAGAAGCUGCUCUAGGAGUUCCUGGCCAGUCACCCCGUCGCGCUGGGCUGGCCUCGGUGCUCCGUUGCGCUGCCUCAGCCCAGGGCUGAGCGUGAAGAUGCCCUCUCCUUUGCUCUUCGCCUUUGGCUCCUCAAUGAAAAGGGUCUGUGUCCCACAUUUCUUCAGAAGUAAAGAUGAGAGCCUUCGAUAGUGCAACCGUGCCCUCCCAGCGGGAGGGACCUUCCUAAGUGUGGCUCUGCCAGAUUAAAAAAAAAAAAAUGUUGCGAUUAAAAAAAAAAAGAGGUAGCAUAGCACAUUUACGAAAAAUACCUGGGGACUGGUGGGGGAGGGAGCAGUUAGCGAACAAAGUUAGAAGGUACAUAUGAUUUAUGAAAACUACAGUAGCUGUUUGUUAGCUGUUGUUGGCUCCAGCGUCCUGGGCCCUGCUGAGUUUGUCUUCACCUGCCCAGUGUCUGUCUGUCUCUGUCUGCUGUCCCAGCAGCAGUCUGUGUCCUGUCGUGUCUGAGUCAGCACUUACAUGGGCGCACACACCAAGUAAUGGUCUUUUCCUCCCCGUCGGUGUCUUCAACAAAUUUCCACUUUGUAUAUUUUUUAUCUACCAGGCUAAUUUUUCUAUGAGAAGAAUUUUUCUCUCCCUGGUUUCUUCCUUUGUCUCUUAUCUACUGGCACCCUCCUCUCUUCCCUCAGUGCCCGGAGCUGGCACUGGGCCCUGGCCCCUGGCCCAUGAGCACUUGGCCCUCUUGAAACACUGCCUGAGUGGUUUAUAUCUGACAGGGCACCUCAAACCACCUUGGUGCUCUGCAGUCUGCCAACUUGUCAUGCCUAUUCUCCUCCUGGCUCUCUCCUCCAGGGCGUUCUGGGCUCCGCAGCACUCUAGGAAGCCUUGGGGUACUCCUGACGGAGCUCUGUGCAGCACCCAGGAGCGGCUUAGAGCCGAGCAAAGCCUGAGAGAGACUGGCCGCCUGGAGUGCGUCUUUGCAGGGAAGAGCUUCCGAAAAGCUGAGCUUGGAGCCAUGUUCAGCACCGAGUUCCAGAGUCCCGUUGCCCCUGCAGGCCUUCCCCAUUCCCUGCCCUGAGUGCUUGACAAGGAUGGCCUGUGACCUGAAGUGAGACAUGACUUUUCUGUUUAGCUUACUGUGACUUAGCUUAUGGAAUACUGGCCACUCUUUGGACCGAAUGCCCUGAGGUGGGAGUCCUACUUACGAGGUACACGGCCAAUCCUUUGAACUCUGAGCAGGAUCCCUCUCAGAAUGUGGGACUCGGUGUUUGUGAGGAAUGGGCCCAUCUACCAUGAGAGCCCCCGACUGCCAAGUGAGUAGGUAGCCAGAGAAGAAUCAUGGACCCCGGACUCGCCAUGAAGAGCCCUGCCGCCUCUCCCCCGCCCAGCCCUUCGGGUCUGAGCAGUAUUGGCCUUCUAGCCGCAGGUGUCUCUUUCCGUUACGUGACUGCGUUGCUUGGAGGCAGUUAGGGCGCGACUCUCCUGUGGGCCAGUCGUUGGGGCAGUGGGUGUGCUUGGCGGGGGCAGGACGACGGGCCGGUAGGUUGCUUGGCUUUACCAAGUACUCGGAGGCGCCUGAGACCCUCUGAGAACAAGAGAAGCAGGUGCUCAGGCUCGGCUCUUGGCAGCUCGUGAGGAACAGAGCCUUCUGGGCUUUUAAACUCUGUGGGUUGGCUCUUCCUCUUCAGAAGCAGCACCCUGCACCCCCCAGAGCCAGAGGGUUUCACACGUGGGCGCUUUGGUUAGUCAGGGGCUUCCUCUUCACCUUAUUACUUUCUUGAUGUGGUGCUGCGACUCUUUCUCACUGAGGGCCCAGUUCAAGGUCAGCUCUCCUGCUUUUCCCACUGCAGGAAUGCCGAGGGCAGGUCGCCAGGAGAUAAAACGUGAGUGGUUUUGGGUCAGCACCUGCUCUUAGUUGCUCUUGAUUGUGCUCACCGGUUCCUCUCAAGGGCGGCAAGUUGCAAGAUGGCUGCUUGAUCUGGGAGGCUGUCAGUUCCUGCCUGUGCAAAACUGGAGGGCUAGUCUGCCAGCACCCCAAGUCUAGAGUUAAACUUCCUUUCCUGGUCCCCACUUAACCCUGGCCUUGAAGGGCGAGGAUUUUGUCAGCUGGAACCCCAAAACCACAGGACAAGGGAGGCGCGGUGGUCCACGAUAGUAAGAGAGGGAGGGUGUUUGGGCAUGGAGGCUGACCAGUGUUGGUGGGUCUUUGCUCUGCAGCCUCCCCUCACUUUGUGGUCCUUCUGCCGUCCCGCCCAGGGGCAGGUUCCAGCACCCCGAGCCAACAGACAAACACAGACACUCCCAUUGGCCAGUGCUUCGAAGUCCGAGGCCCCCUUGCUUCUCGCUCCAGCUCAGGCAGGGCAGGAUCCUUGUGUUUUCAAGAUUUAGAAAGGCUCUGAGCCCACCACACUCUGUGAGGCAGGUCUGUUGUCAUGUAAAAAGAAAAUCUUUUGAUUUCUCAAGUUGGCAGCCAGAGAAAAUGAGUAGAAGGUUCUGGGUCCUCUUGUGUGAGAAGGCCCCACGGUGGACUCUUGGCUCUGGCUCAGCUGGUAGUAGUCCAAAGCUGUCUUGCCACGUGCCCCGGUCUGGUCUGAGGAGGCUAGGCCUCAGGCUCAGAGAACUAGGGAUGAGAGGAGUCUUGUACCUGCCGGAGCAUUUGCCCUGGGGGACAUUUGAAGCCCUUCCAGGGAGGCACUGCCCUCCAAGUAGGGCUGUGAGAGGCCAGAUACUUGAUGCCUGGUGGAGAACUGAUCUUCAGAAACCUGGGUUGGCUCUCAGAAGGCUAGUGGUGGGAGGAGAAAAUGAGAACUAUGCCGGCAGUAAAGAUGUGAAGUGGGGAAGCCAACUCUCCACUGGCUUUGGAGUGAGGCUGGGUCACCUUGGACCAUUCCUGGACAUCUGCUCGGAGGGCUUGAGCCAGAGAGCCCUCCCUGCGGCAGUGGGUAGUCCUCGGUAAAACACCUGCGGGCGGUCAGCGUCAUGUGACCGUCCCAGGCCAGGGCUGUCCCUGGUUGCAGGUGCAUCCUGAGCAGGAGCCUUAGCGGUUACAAGUGGCCCUGCUGACUUUUCUCCUCCCCCGCUCUCUCCUCUUCCUGUCCCUUCUCCCUCUCCCUCUCCUGAGGACCCUUUCCCCAGACCCUCAACUGUAGACAGAGGAGAGGAGCUGCAGGGUGCACCAGAAUGGAAGUGCCAGCUCAGUGCCACCCCUCCACCUUCCUCACCCCAAGGACGUGGAUGCUUGGCAUAGGGAGUCAUUGGCAUGGCUAUCCGCACGCAGUCUCUUCCCUCUGGCUGCACUCCGGCUAAGGAAGGAGGCCACGUUUGGCACUUAAAUUGAGUUUUGCCCUGAGAGGAAAAGUCCCUGUGAAGCCUGGGCCAGGCUCUCAAAGAGUCGUCCUUUCUCUCCGCUGGGCCAGCAACCGGGAGGGGUUUAUGGCGCCGAGCCUUGCCCACCUCCCCCCUGCACCCUGUCCUUCUCCCACAGUGGUCAUCGCUGCUAAUGGUCAAAGUCCAAUGGGUAGCCCCCUGGGAUGGGCCAGGUUCUCUCAGGCUACCCUCUAGAUGUUAUUUUUAAAAUAAAGAGGCUUGGACUGGUGUCUCAGACCAGAAAUGAGUUAGCUAAAGAAAGUUUGAACUCAAGAAGAAAGAUGCUGGCAGUCUGUAUAACAGCUGGGAACACAGCCUCCUUGUGAUCACCCGGUGAACAUGAACUCGGGGCCAUCUACCAUGUAAAAGCUCGGGUUGCUCACAGGAGACUGUGCUGGGCGGAAGCUCCGCGGUGCUUUCCUCACGUGCGGCCCUUUGCUUUGGGUCCUGUGUAUUUCCUGGCCCGCCCUGGCAAUGCCUCUCCGCCCCCUCCCGAGUGUGGAUUUGUAGCAUGGCUGUGUGACCCCAAGGGCAGAAGAUGGAUGUUUCUUGUUCUCUGCAAUGUUACGCUCUUGCCAAGCCGUUUCUGUCCCCUUUAGCCUGGUGUCUGCACUUCUGUCCUUGGUAGAUGUUUCAGGGGCCGUGCUCUGCUGUCGGUUUCAGGAUGUCCCGCCGUCAGGACUGCGCUGGAACCGAACCGUUUUCCUGCUUUAAACAUGAUUUCCCCAGGACUGCUUGUCCACAGACAGGGCUUGUGGUAGCAUGCUGAUACUGUGCUGGGAAGCCACGGUGGGGAGUCACCAUCGCAGGUGACUUCAAAGGCACCUGGCAGUGGCCUGUUAGAGCUGCGACUUGAUUUCCUGCUUCCUCAGUGCAUUGAACCUAACUGUCACCCUUUCGUUCUGUUUCAGCCUCCUGUAUAAGAAGUCCCGUAUUUUCUGCCCAUCAUACUUUGUAAUAAAACUUGAACAUGUA